AUGAAAACAAGACCUAAUGAAUUAUCACUAACUAUUCAUCACCAAACAGUAGUAUCAUUACCAUUAUCAAUACAAGAAAAGAUGGCUCUUAAACUAAAGUUGAAGAUGUCUUCGUCCAGUGCAUCUGGAUCACCACAACCUAAUGCUAACUCACAUUCCAAUUCACAUGUUCAAUCACCUCUCCCAAACCAAAACCAACCCCAGUCCCCAGAAACGCAACCUAAACUUCCUAAAUUAAAAAUCAAGGCACCUUCAAAGACACCGUCUACAUCAGAGAGUACUCCUAAAAUAAGUAUAAAACGACCGGCCUCAAACCCAAUUGAGAAUGGCGAAAAACCAAAGAAAUUAAAAUUAAGUUUAUCGAAAGCAAAAGAAAAUGGUGGGAAGGCGAAGGGAUUGCCCCGAGUGAGGGUUAAACCAACCAGAGUACCAGGUGAGGGUUAUGAUUCCGAAGCUCCUGAUCUAGAAGAUGAUCCAUUGAUUGAACAAGGUAUUAUAAUAAGAUUUUUGAAUGAUGUCAAUCUAGAUUUUGUUCACAAUGCUGUGGAUUCUGGGGACUUGACUGGUUUGAAUGUUAAAUGGGUCACCAAAGAAAAAGCUGUUGUUAAAGUGAACGAUACACUUUAUUCAGCUAGACUUAUAGAUUUACCAACCAUAACUGAAAUUUUCAAAACUAUCGAUAGGAAAAAUGUGUUUAAAACAUUUGAUGUUUGUCAAAUAUUAUUGGUGUUACAUCCAGUAGAACCAGCAAAACUAAGUAUUGAUAAAGAUUUUGAAGUACCAGAAGAAUUCCUUUUCAAUCAUCCAUUUUACAAGUAUGUGAAGGGAAAUGAAAUUAAAAGGAAACAUUAUGUACAUAAAGAUGGUUUGUUGCAACCUUUCCAAGAAGUUUAUCGUAGAUUCCGUCCUACAAGGGCUGAUCACAGAGUAAUUCUAGAUAUUGAAUCUCGAGUUGAUGAGUUGAUAAAACUAGAUAACGAAGCUGAUGAGAGUCAUUUUGAAUUGUUGGAUAGUCGUACAGCUCAGCAGACACGUUUUGGAAGCCAUAGCGCGAAUGCGUCAGUUGCAAGCACACCGACGGCUACAAGAAUGGAUGAACCAGAAUUGACCCCAGUUCUGAGUGGACAAGCACAAUACACAGGGGGAGAAUAUGAAGAUGAUGAGGAUGACGAAGAAGAUGAGUCUGAUGGCAUAGAAGAUGAUUUGGAACUUCAUUUGGAACAAGAAUUGGAAAAGGCACUCGAUUCUGAAUUAUCAGAUAGUGAAGUCACUAUUCCAACUCUGAUGGCAGGAAUUUUACAGAAUGAUGUUGAAGGAGAAGAAGUAGAAAUUACUGUUGAUGAAAACGGAAACCGAAUUAUCAGUGAAGAGAAAGGUGAUGAGGAAGAACGUGAACAACAAGACGAAGAGGAUGAGGAAGAAGAGGAAGAAGAAGAGGAUGAGGAGGAAGAAGAAGAAGAGGAAGAAGAAGAAGAGGAAGAAGAUGAUGAAGAAGAAGUUUCAGGAAAGCAACAUGCUAAAUUAUUGGAGGAAGAAAUUGCUGAACUUGAGAAGGCAGUAUCACAUCAUAAAAAGAAUUUAGCAACAGCAUCAAGUAAGAUGUUGAGAAUGAAAUUCCAGAAUACGUACUCAUCAUUGAAGGCAUCGUUAGAUCUGAAGAAACGUGAUUUGGCUAAAUUAUUAGAAGAACAAGAGCAAGUCAACAAACUUCCGAGCGUUGAAGAUGUUCCUGCAAGAAAUGAAGAUGAAAAUCAAGAAGCUGAGGCACAAGAAGAUGACGAUGAACAAGUAGAUGAUGAUGACGAUGAUAGAGAAGACGAUGAUGGUGAUAAUAUUGAUGACAUAGAUGAUCUUUUCUAG